AUGUCGGGUUCGCCGCCCUCAGACGGUGUCAUGGACAUAAGUAAUCUUAUGGACAAGGAGAAAGCUGCUGUUGUUGCCGCUGCCGCUGCUGCGGCCGCCGUGGCAUCCGCACACGCCGCCGCUCUUGAACAACAACCACAGCUUCUGACACAACAACACUUGCAGCCCACUGCAUUUGAUAGAGCAAACUCGCCCCAUGGCUCCGAGACAUCAUACCACUCAGCGCAUCGUGCAUACGGCUCACCAUCUGCAAUGCAGGGACAGCUUCCACAAGGACAGCUCCCAUUGCCAGACCCGAGCAUGCCUUUUAUGGUUGCAGGCAUACCUGCUCCGCCUCCUGUCGACCAUGGGCUACUACCACCUUAUCACAAGCCUCCGAAGGCGCCUACCAAGCCGCCUGUGAAGGCCUACCCUUGCAGUACAUGCCAGAAACGUUUUGCCCGGCGGAGUGAUCUCUCUCGGCACGAACGAAUUCACAGCGGCAUUCGGCCACAUGUAUGCGAUUUUGUAGGAUGUGGUAAACAGUUCAUUCAGAGAUCUGCUUUGACAGUACAUCAACGCGUCCAUACGGGAGAAAAACCUCAUAUGUGUGAGCGCUGUGGCAAACCCUUUAGCGAUAGUAGCUCGUUGGCUCGCCAUCGUCGUAUUCAUUCGGGUACAAGGCCCUACCAGUGUCUCUAUGCGAACUGCCAGAAGACAUUCACAAGAAAGACCACGCUGACUCGCCAUCAACUCAUACAUACGGAAACUCUGGAAGAAGCCGCUCAGGCAACGGCUAAAAAGCUGACGGAGCAGGCCAGCAAGAUCGCCGCUACUAGGUCUGUCCGCAGCGAUGGAGGCGACGCCCCUCUAAAUUCCAAUCAUGCAUCGCCUUUGAAUACCCCUUCACCUGGCCACAGACACAUGUCCGCAUCCCCCGGCGCUGAUCCUGCCGCACCCAACGCGAUGCGGGCUAGUGACUACUCGUAUAUGGGUAAUGGAACGCUACCAGUUCACCUGCGGCCUGAUAUUCAUACACCGCCUGCUACGUCCGUAGGAAGCUUUGUUCCCGGUAUGCGGCCGACUUCUCAUCCCACCAGUUUUCCCCCACCUCCCACUCUGGAACCGAACAUCGAGUCCCAUCAGUCCGUGACAGGUAGCACGGCUGGUAGCCCCCAUAUGGGUAGCGUCGGUUGGCAGUCUCCAUCCCACGUGCAAUCGCCGUCACACAUGCCUUCACCAACAUUCAGUAAUGGUGGCGGAAAUGGCUCCGUCUAUCCUGACUUGGAGCCGUCUUUUGCGGGGAAUGCAUUGAGCCCAAUAUAUUCCUACGGUAGCCAGAUCCGUCGCGGCAAUAGCACAGAGCCCCAAUCAUCGACAUAUGACGUUAAACCACGGCCGAGUGAGCUCUGGGCAGGCCAAUAG